AUGUCAGAAUUCGAAGAAAAAGAUAAGGCUUCUGAUAAUUCCCUUGAUAUUCCUAUGAUUGUGGAGGAUGAAGAUAUCACUCCAUACUUACCUAAAUUUGAUAAACCAUGGUAUAAGUAUAGUCAUUUCUUGAAAUUAUACUUCUAUGUGUUUUUGAUCACUAUUACUUCUAGUAAUAAUGGUUUUGAUUCUUCUAUUAUUAAUGUUUUCCAAAGUUUAGAGACUUGGAAAUCAUCUAUGGGUUCUUGGUUUAGUGAUAACACUAAAUUAGGAAGUAUUUCCAAUGCUGUUGUUUUUGGUACUGUUGCUGCUUUCCCCUUCGGUUUUAUCUCUGAUAAAUGGGGUAGAAAAAUAGCUAUUUAUUGUGGUCAAAGUAUUUUAGUUGUUGGGGUCAUUAUCCAAGCUGCUGGUGAUUCUGGUCCAGUUUUCUUGGUUGGUAGAUUAAUUAUUGGUUUAGGUAUGGGUAUGGCUUUGGUUGGUUCACCAUCUUUAAUUUCUGAAAUUGCUUAUCCUACUCAUAGACCAAUUGCUACCGGUUUUUAUAAUACUUGUUGGUAUUUAGGUGCUGUUAUUGCUGCUUGGGUUACUUACGGUACAAGAAAUAUCAGUUCAUCAGCUUCAUGGAGAGUUCCAUCUGGUUUACAAGCUGCUUUACCAUUGUUCCAAUUAGCUUUGAUUUGGAUGUGUCCUGAAUCUCCUCGUUUCCUUGUUUCAAAAGGUAAGAUUGAAAAGGCCAGAAAAGUUUUAAGACAAUGUCAUAUCGGUGAUUCACAAGAUCCUCAUAAUUUAGAAUUUAUUGAAUUUGAAUUAAGACAAAUUGAAAGAGCUAUUGAAUUAGAAAAAUUAUCAUCUACUACUUCAUACAUGGAUUUCCUUAAAAUCCCAAGUCACAGAAAGAGAUUAUUCUUAACCAUGUUCACUGCUUUUGUUAUGCAAUUCGCUGGUAAUGGUUUAGUUUCAUAUUAUCUUAAUAAAGUUUUGGAUUCUAUUGGUAUUACUGGAGAAACUAAACAAUUACAAAUUAAUGGUUGUUUGAUGAUCUAUAACACUGUUAUUUCCAUGGCUGCUGCUGCCUUUGUUGGUGGAUUGAAGAGAAGAUCAGUACUUAUAUUCUCAUUCAGUGGUAUGUUAGUUGUUUUCAUUAUUUGGACAAUUUUAUCAGCAUUAUGUGCUCAACAAGGAUAUCCAAAAUCAUUAUCCAAUGGGGUUUUAGCUAUGAUUUUCUUCUUCUAUGCUUUCUUCAAUAUUGGUUUAAACGGUUUACCAUAUGUUUAUAUUACCGAAGUUUUACCAUACUCCCACAGAGCCAAAGGUUUAAAUAUUUUCCAAUUAACUCAAAUGUCUGUCAUUAUUUUCAACGGUUACGUUAAUCCAAUUGGUUUAUCUAACAGUGGUUGGAAAUAUUAUAUUGUCUAUGUUUGUGCUAUUGCUUUUGAAUUAACCAUCAUUUAUUUCUUCUACCCAGAAACUUCAGGUUACACAUUAGAAGAAGUUGCUAAAGUUUUCGGUGAUGGUGUUGAUCAAGCUGAUUUAUCAUUAGCUAAAGCUAAAGCUGAAUUGGACCACAAAGAACAUCCUGAACAAGAUGUUUAA